CGAGACUGUAUGAUGCUGAUACUGUUGGAGUUUCAUCAUAAAAUUUACCAAAUAUUUUUCCAUCCUUUAAGUGAGAAAUAGUAAGUCCCCGGAAUAACGAAAAACAUGAUUAGGAUCAGGGAGUAACGGAAUUUAUCAGUAAUACGAUAUGUGAAUGAAGCACGAUCAGCUGCGGCGCAGCUCGGAGCUCCUGAGGCUGACAAGUAGCGAGAUGAGAUUUUCCGUAAAAAGCAGUAGUAUUUUCCCAUUUCGUAUAUGAUGUCUUGCGGAGGAUCAGUGGAAUGAAGGAAUAUGAAGUCGUGUGACGCUGUAGCCAAACCGACUCAGAGAGACAUGGAAGCAAUAUGGCUGUAUCAGUUCCGACUGAUUGUUAUUGGCGAUUCUACGGUGGGAAAGUCGUGUCUGAUUCGGAGGUUCACCGAGGGACACUUUGCCCAAGUGUCUGAUCCUACAGUUGGGGUGGAUUUCUUCUCACGUCUGGUCGAGGUAGAGCCGGGAAAACGGAUUAAACUUCAGAUCUGGGACACUGCGGGACAAGAAAGAUUCAGGUCUAUAACAAGGGCCUAUUACCGUAACUCAGUGGGUGGGCUCUUGCUCUUUGACAUCACCAACCGACGAUCCUUCCAGAAUGUGACCAAUUGGCUGGAGGAGGCACGCAGCCACGUUCAGCCACACAGCAUCAUCUUCCUCUUGGUGGGGCAUAAGUGUGACCUGGAGGCACAGAGGCAGGUCAGCCAGCAGGAAGCUGAGAAGCUGGCUGGUGCCUGUGGCAUGCGCUACGUGGAGACAUCAGCCCGCGAUGCCAUAAACGUGGAGAGGGCUUUUGCGGACCUGACACGGGACAUCUUUCAGUUGGUCAAGAGCGGUGACAUCGCUAUCCAGGAUGGCUGGGAGGGAGUAAAAAGUGGGUUUGUGCCCAACAUGGUACACUCCUCUGAGGAGGUCACCAAGAGUGACCGCCAAUGCUUCUGCUGAUGCUCCCUUUUCAGGUCCUCGCUCCCGCUACAUUCCCACCAACCCUAGCUGUGCCCUCUACCUUUUUCCACCUUCUACCUCUAAUUCUUCUCACAAUCAGGUCAAGCUUCUGUUCGCCAUUUACACUGGCAGAUCCUUCUGUAUUAACCUGUUUUUAGCAGUCCAGCCUCUUUCUGUUGGACUGAAUUAUCAGCACCAUGUGAGCAAUCAGCCCUUUUCUCCGUUUCGGCAGCAAAAGUCAGGAAAUGGACCUUUACAGCCUUAUUUCCAUUGAGAGAAGGCCACAUCUGUACUGUUGGACACUUGUCAGAGGACAGCUUCAUAUUUCCUGGAAUAUGUAUCUGGUCUUGCCAUGUUCUUUUCUUUGCAAAGAUUAACACAGAAAUGUGCAUUGUACAAAAACUCGUUACUCAAACACUCAAUGUCACAGACAGUCAAACAAACUGUGUUUUGUGAUGAAAUGAUGUCAGGCAAAGGAAGUCGUAGUGCAAGGUGAAGAAUGUGGGAAAAGCACAGCAUCUGAUCACAUUUGAUGGAGGGAAACUACUUGUAAGAUGUUAGCGCAGCCGCGCUGUGAAACAUUGCGUGGCCGAGAGACAUACGUGGGAGAGUUGGUAUUUGAGACACUAGUCGUGUCUUCAUCAUCUCACUGGAUGGUUAAGAAACUGUAAGAAUGUACAAGAAGGCUUUCUGAGUACAGCAUCUGGCUCACUGGCAUUCAUUG